CGAGGGCAAGAGUGCAGUGUUUUUUUAUGGACCUCGAAAUGGGGAAAUUGACUUGCCCAAGAAGAACCAGUUAUGCCAGAUUUUAAAGUAGACUUACAAUUAACCGUAGUUCCGUUAACUUGAAAAGUAGACUGACAACUGAGUGCGUUUCAUUUUAGCUUGAGAUAUGCCUAGUUAUUGAAAUUUACAAUUCCAUGGUAACAGUGAUGCUYAGAUGUGUCAUUUUAAAAUGUAUUCAAGACAAAAACCAAAGAUUGCAAAGAUAAACAAACCAAAAACCUCUAUGCACAAUAACGGCAUUGCAACCUUUGGUUUUUGUUUGACAUUUUAAAGGGACAAAUAUGAGUCAUCACAUUGUUAGAUGGAAUUAACCACAUCUAAUCGUAGCAUGGCGCUGAUAGGUGGACACGGCGCAGUACGGAGGUCAGCAGGUUGCGGUGCUCGCGGACCACAGUGGUUUGGCGUAGGGAAUAUGUGUGUUGACAACGGAAACCAGCCAGACAGCAUGUUAGGUAGACAACACUCCGGGAUAUGCGAUGCUUGUAUGCGAAUAGAUGAAUAGCGUUUAAAUUGGAUUGCCUGAAGAUUUCUUUGGAGAUAUUGUGUGCGUGGUUUCUUGUUGCUCUCUUGGCCUAGUAAAGGCACUUGACUUGAUCUGGUUAGAUCCCCAUUCACACCACCUUUCGUAUUUCCUUGGAGCACGAAGAUUGCAGAAUAUUGGGAAUAUAUGAUGAAGUUUAAACCCAACCAGACGAGGACUUAUGAUGGUGAAGGUUUCAAGAGACGAGCGGCAUGUUUAUGCUUCAAGAAUGAAAAAGAGGAAGAGGUGUUGCUGGUGAGCAGCAGUCGGCACCCGGACCAGUGGAUUGUACCAGGAGGAGGGAUGGAGCCUGAGGAGGAGCCGUGUGGAGCUGCAGUCAGAGAGGUGUACGAAGAGGCUGGUGUAAAGGGAAAACUUGGCAGGCUACUGGGGGUUUUUGAGCACAACCAGGACAGGAAACACAGAACAUACGUCUAUGUCCUGACUGUGACAGAGACCUUGGAGGACUGGGAGGAUUCUGUCAACAUCGGUAGGAAACGGAAGUGGUUCAAUAUCGACGAGGCUAUCCGGGUGCUGCAAAGCCACAAGCCUGUCCACGCAGAGUACCUGCGCCGACUCACAGCCACUUGUAAUCCCACAUGCAGCUCCACCUGUUGCGGCCCCACCAAUGGCAACACCUGGGUGUUCCCCAUGACGGACGACAAUGCCCCUGACUACGUCAACUCCACCACAGGGGACAGAUAGAGGACCUUCCUCGGUCGACAGAUAGGACAGAUAGGAAUGCCGCCAUCAGAGGAACCAGCAUCGUAAGAGGACCUAGCCUAGGUGCCAGUCUGUUUCUGCUGUCCUGCCAACUCCUUGUGGACUUGUCAUGUUUGGCUUGACAAUGACAGUAAUGGAGUAUGGCAAGGGCACAAACUGAUCUGGGACCAAGCCAAGGAGGACCCAGGGGGACUCUAGGGUGCAAGUACCCAGAAUAUACAUUUUGCAUGGAUUCCUUUCUGUGUUGAUUCUUAAUUUGUACAGUAUGAACUUUCUAAGUUAAAAGGAAUUCAUUAUUUUAUUAGGGGGCAUGAAGAGUGUGAAAAUGUGUCAAAUGGAUAUUCAAUAUUUUUCUUUGUAUAUUGUUUUUAUCAACUGUCAUCAGCCAAAUAAGGAUAUAUAUUAUUAAUAAAAACUGGAUCUUAAAGCUCA